CUCUCCUUCUCAUACCACCCUAAGCCCCCUACACCUCAUUUUCCACGUCACCACCUGUCCUUCCUCAAUACACACUACCCUACCCCUUUGUGGAAAUAUAAAAAACUAUCUUCUAAAAGUCUUCAUCUCCUCUCUCUCUCUUUCUUCCCCGUGGACCAAAAACCAAACUCACAAAUCACAAAGCAUUUUUCUCCUCCCUCUCACACUUUUCUCUCUCAAGCCCUCCCUUUCAUCUCCUGGGCUUUCUGCCGGAAAACAUGGAGAAUUUCACAUACAGUUCGUAUCCUGAUUCCGGCGACUCCUCCCCUCGUUCCCGAGAGAUUGAGUUCGAGAAUCCUCCGCCGUGGGAUGAUCAGCUCCAGCAGCCUCAUAACUAUAAGGUCAAGUUCAUGUGCAGCUAUGGCGGUAAGAUCUUUCCUCGUCCUCAUGAUAAUCAGCUUUGCUAUGUUGGCGGUGAGACUAAGAUCCUGGCCGUUGAUCGUAACAUCAAGUUUGCUGCUGUUAUUUCCAAGCUCUCUGCUCUCUGUGAAGUCGAUGUUUCCUUCAAGUACCAGCUUCCAGGUGAAGAUCUCGACGCCUUGAUUUCGGUUACGAACGAUGAUGAUUUGGAGCAUAUGAUGCAUGAGUAUGAUCGUCUCUAUCGAGCUUCUGCCAAACCGGCUAGGAUGAGGCUGUUUCUGUUCCCGGUCAAUUCGGGUGGUAGUUUCGGAUCCGAUGAUGGGAGGUCCGAACGCGAACGUUUCGUUGAGGCUUUGAAUUCGGGACCGAAUCAGGCUGCUGAUUCUACGGAGAAGCCUCCGGUUCCGAACAACGUCGACUUUCUGUUCGGCUUGGAGAAGGGCGCGGUUCCACCUCCGCCGCCGCCGCAGCAGCCUACGGUGCCGGAACCACUGGUUCCUCCUCCCGAUUUUCACCUCCGAGCUGGAGCAAAUCGGAUCAUCGGUUCGGAUCCGGCUUUGAACCAGAUCGAAUUCCAGAGACAAUUACAUGAUUUGCAGAGGAUGCACAUUGGAGAACAAGAACAGGCCAUGUACCGGAGAAAGAGCGACGAUAACCUCGGCUACACCACCGCCGGAGAUUACUACAUCCAGAAGGUUCCGGAAAAGCUUCCUCCGAUGACAGCACCACCGGCGGUAUCAGCUCCACCGGGAUACUGGCAGGAAAAACAAGUCUCAAGCGGCGGCGGAUUUGCCCCGCAGGUUGGAGCACCUCCCGGAGCGACACAGCAAGAACAGCCGAUGUACAUGGUCCCAGCCCCGGGAGCAGCUCUCUACCAUCAGCAAAUGGUGCGACCGGUCACCGCCCCACCAAAUCAAGCGUACUACCCCGUGCCGCAGCAGCGAAUGCCUUCGGAAGUUUACCGAGAACAACCGGUCUACAAUGUGGUACCCCAAGCUCAGCAACAGAUCUCAGCUCCGCCGCCGAAUCUGCCUCCUCAAGCGCCGAAAAUGACGUCGCCAUACACGGAAGGCGUCGGACUGGUGCGGCAGAGCGGUGGCGUAACGGUUACAACCGAUUCGGGUCAGUACACACAGGUGGCGUACGAUAGUGCGACUGGGAGGCAGGUGUACUACACUGCCGGAGGUGGGAUGGUCGUUUCGCCUCCACCUUUGCAACAGCAGCAACAACUGCAACAACAGCUACCGCCUCAGCAGCAAUACUCGGCGGCGGUGGCGGCGGCGGCGGCGGUUGGCGGCGAUGGCAGAGGAAGCGGUGGUGCGUUGGGACAGGAGGGUAAGGUAGUGGUUACAAAGGUAUCACAGGGUUCGGUUUGAUAAUAUUUAAUAAAAUAUAUAUUAUAUAAUAUAAUAAUUAUAUUAAUUAAAUGUAUGUUUUGGUAAAUUUGAUAAUGGGGGUUUACAUGUUUAGAAUCAAUAUGUGUAACAUAUUUUACAUAAACAAGAAAAAAAAAAAAAUUAUCGGCGGAAUUUGAUUUGAUGUUCA